UUUAGCUAAAUUUUAAAUUGCCAAAAGACAAUCCGCAAGCGCGCGCUUAAAGUUUUGGAAACGUUGAAAGUUAUUCUGUUCAUAGCCUUACCACUGAAUUCACAUUUUUCAAGCUUUUUUGAGCCAAAAAUUGCCCCUGCAUUAUGUUGGGAAAGUUCUUUGUUGUACUGUUAUUGGCUCUAACGCCGCACGCCAUACUCAAUGUUGAACUACGCGAGGUGGAGCCUGUCUAUGAAUGGAAACAAAUGGUCUUUGGCUUCCCUACGGAGGCAGAUCGUCAAGAAGCAAUAGCCAACGGCAAUUUAGUGCCAGAAAACGCAACACCCAUCGAUGUGGCAACCCAUCAGCACCCGGAAAAAGGUUCACGCAUCUUUACAACAACACCCAGAUUCAAAACAGGCAUUCCGUACACCUUGGCGGUGGUGACUGACCAAAAUGAGGCAAAUGGGCCAGUACUGCAGCCAUAUCCCGAUUACAGUUGGCAUAACUCAAAUGGUAGUGAUUGUGACAGAAUUACUUCUGUUUACCGUGUGGCCAUCACGGAGUGCGAUCAAAUGUUCAUACUCGAUACGGGCGUUGUAGCCGAAGUUCAACAUUGUCCGCCGCAGCUACUUGUUUUAGAUUUGAAUACCGAUACCUUGUCCCAUCGUUAUAUUUUCGAUCCAAGCACGUACACAGAGGUCGCUUCACGCUUCAUCACGCCAAUAGUAAUUGUGAAUGAUCCUCCGCCAACAGGUAGCUGUAGCAAAAUACAAGUAUACAUUGCUGAUGUCCUGUUUCAUGGUCUGGUUGUUUAUGACUCGGAAUUGAAUACUGCUUGGCGUGUCGAGAAUAGAUUCAUGUAUCCCGAUCCCGAUCAUGGCUUAUUAUCAAUUGCCGAUGAGAAAUUCAUUCUAAUGGAUGGCAUUUUUGGUUUGGCCAGCGAUCGAGAACAGCUCUAUUUCCAUCCACUGGCCAGUGUCAGCGAGUAUGCAGUGCCUUUGAACGUCAUAAACAACCGUACCAUUUUUGAGGAGAAUAAGGAAGCCGUGCCCCAUGCUUUCCGUCGGGUGGGAAAACGUAGCAGUUCAUGUGCCGCUCAGGCAAUGGACAGUCACAACAAUCUCUACUAUGUCACAUUCGAUCCAAUCAUGUUGACUCGUUGGAGUCCGAAUAAGCCGUACAAUGUUAAAUAUGAGAUGGAAUUACCAGCAGAUCCAAAACUGCUGGAGUUUGUAAGCGGCAUGAAGGUGCACAAAAACAAUGCCGGCAAAGAGGAGUUAUGGAUGAUGUCGAAUCGUUAUCAGAAAGUCGCAAAUGGCAAUUUGGAUUUUAGUGAAAUUAACUUCCGCAUUUUGCGUCGAGCACUUGAUGAUAUACAGAACGCGUCCAUACCAGAUGAAGAUCAGAGUCAAUAACUGAUCUUCACGUGAUUUUGAAAACCCUUAGUCAAUUAUGGCAUUACGAAAACCUUUUAUUAAAAGUUACUGCACAACAUACGUAUAAAAUAUUAUUAUCUAUAAUAAUAUAUUACAUAUUAUAGAUGCACCUUAUAACAGUGAUUGCCAAGCCAGCAGAAAGCACGAAAUACAUUUUGUAAGCUUAUGGUUGAAUUUUCGAAUUCUAGCACACAUAGUUGGAGUGCUAACUAUAUUUUAUUAUUGAAUAACAAUAAAAGUUAUUAUACGCACAUAUACAAUACUAUAUAAGUUGAGAAG